CUCUCUCUCUUUCACUCUCUCUCUCUUUCACUCUCUCUCAUUCGCUCUGCAUUGGCAUCGCGUUUGCUUUUUGUAUUGUUCUUCUCCAAGUUCAACCCAGCGAAAAUAACACCAAAGCGCAACACUCGAGUCUCUUCUUUCCAAUGGACGCAGAUGAUGAUCCCGACGGCGGAGCCCGCCCACAUGCUCCUCAAGCUCCCCUAGCCGGCACCCACUCUGCUGCUGCUGCUGCUACCACUCAUCAUGCUGCUGCUGCUACUGAUGCUGCUGCUGCUGCUGCUGCUGCGGUCGAGAGCCGUGCCACCCUCCUCCACCGCAACCCGCCGCUCAUGUCCCUCCAUGCCGACAACGACGACGACGACGACGACGAAGACGAAGACGAUUAUGACGAACAUCACAAUCUCAACGUCAACGACGACGACGACGACGACGACGACGGAGCGGGCGUCGGGGGCGACAUGCGCCUCACGCAGCUGCGCAGUUCCGGGCCCAACGCUGCUGCUGCUGAUGCUGCUGCCGCCGACACCAGUCCUGGCAUCGCCGUGCUCUUCCAGACGCGGUCAGACCGCGUGACGGAGGUCAUUGAGGCCGAGCGCAAGUUCAAAAACCGCAUUGGCUCGGCGGACACGCUGCUGCGCAUGGAUGCUGCGACCGAAAUCCACGUCAUGUCGGACGCGGCGCUGCUGGCGAGCCUCAACCACACGAGCGCGACCAACGGCCUGACGCCCCACGUCGCCGAGAAGCUCUUCCACCUGCACGGUGCCAACGCCCUGCGCAUCCCCAAGCCUCCCGUGUGGCGCAAGAUUGCAAAGUUCUUUUUGGGCGGCUUUGGCCCGAUGAUUUGGGGCUUUGCGCUGCUGUGCUUCCUCGCCUGGAAGCCCGUGGGCGACCCGCCGGACCCUGUCAACUUGGGCCUGGCCGUGGUGCUCUGCUUGAUUGGCUUGAGUCAGGGCGGCUUUGCGGCAUUCCAGGAGCAUCACUCUGGGCAGGUGAUGAGCGCGCUCUCCAAGGUCGCGGUUGCGCAGGCCACCGUCAUCCGCGACGGCCAGACUGUGACGGUGCCAGCGACGACGCUUGUCGUGGGUGACGUUGUCCUUGUCAACAUGGGCGGCCGCCUUCCCGCUGAUGUCCGCUGGCUCGAGGUGCACGGGCUGAAGCUCUCGCUGGCCAACCUGACUGGCGAGAGCGAACCCGUCACUGCCACCACCCGCUCGACGCACGAAAACUUUAUGCAUUCACUCAACAUGGGCUUCCUCGGCUCGGAUGUCAUCGAGGGCUCGGGCAAGGGCGUCAUUGUGGCGACUGGCAACCAAACGGUCAUGGGCAAAAUUGCCAUCAUGGCGUCCCAGACGAGCGGCCCGUCGUCGUUGGAGCGCGACAUUGGCGUGCUGGUCAUCAUUCUCUCCGUGUGGGCGGUUGCCACGGCAGUGUUCAUUGCCAUCCUGUGGGGUGCUUGGCUGCGCAACUCGUACCCCCAGUUCAUGUCGGUGGCUGGCUUGCUCACCACGAUGGUUGGCGUCGGUGUCACGUUCAUCCCCGAGGGUCUGCCCAUGGCUGUUGGACUGGCGCUGACUGCCACUGCCAAGCGCAUGCACAAGAGCAACAUUCUCGUUCGCGCCCUGACCAGCGUCGAAACACUCGGCUCGGUGGACACUGUGUGCUCGGACAAGACGGGCACGCUGACUCAGAACAAGAUGCAUGUUGGUCGCAUUGUUUGCAGCGAUCGCAUUGAAAAGUCUCGCGCCCGUGUGCACCGUCUGCAGCAAUCUGGCUCGCGCAGCGUGCUCGAGCUCCUGUGGUCGCUGACGCUCUGCAACAACGCCACAAUUGCCACUGAUGAGCCUGAAGCUGGCGGACUGCCUGCCAUUCGUGGCGAUGCAUCCGACUCUGCCAUCCUGCGCUACUGCUCUGAGUUUUGCAACAUUGGUGCUGUUCGCCUCCGCAGCCCCCGCGUCGCGCACAUUGCAUUCAAUUCGCGCAACAAGUGGAUGCUGUCCAUUCACGACGGCCCCCUUGAUGCGAUUGAGCACGUCAUGCAAAGUGACAGGGCUGAACGCGAUGCCACACCUCCGACAACACUUGCCAGAAGUGGCGAUGCUGCUGGUGCUGCUGCUGCCAACCCCAACACGGCCCUCUCGACCCCGGCGCCAGUCACUCGCCGUCGACUGCUGAUGAAGGGCGCAGCCGAGUUGAUGCUCAAACGGUGCACCCGCUUGCUGUCGGACGACGGGCUGUCUGAAGGUCCUGCCGCCGGCCCUCGCUGGGAGCACAUUGUCCGCUCGGUCGAGCAGCUGUCCAACCAAGGCUACCGCAUGAUUGCUGUUUGCAAGACUGACCUGAACUCGAACGUCGAAAUUGCGUCAGAUCCCCACCCCGAGUCGCUGCCUUUGGAUGACCUGUGCUUUGUUGGCAUGGUUGGCCUGGUCGAUCCGCCUCGCCCGGAUGUGCCUCUGAGCAUCAAACGCUUCCACACUGCUGGCGUCAAGGUGGUCAUGGUCACUGGUGACCAUCCUGGCACCGCCACGGCCAUUGCGCGCCAGGUCGGCAUUGUUCGCAUGGACCGCGUCGGCUCGCUGGCUGAUUUCAAACCUGCCUGGCAGUCUGAGCUCGCCUUUUCGUCGAAAACGCCGUUGCCGUAUGCCGACCCCGAUGAUGAUGAGUUGCUGGACGACGCAAAGCUGAUUCCUGACAAAGCUGCCCACCACGACGAGCUGCACAACAUUGAGCUGAAUGCCAUGAGUGUGCGCAGCACGGGAUCCAUCGCACGCAUGACACACCACCACGAGCGGGCAGCUGCAGACGACCGCGACAACCCCGCUGAUUACGUGGUCGACCUGAGCCCGUCCGCGUUGGGCGCCAUCACCGUCACGGGAAUGGAGAUUCCGCAGAUGACCGCGUCGCACUGGGACUUUGUGUUUGCGCAUCGCGACAUUGUCUUUGCUCGAACCACUCCCGAGCAAAAGCUGCGCAUCGUGAAAGAGUACCAGGCCCGAGGCCACUGCGUGGCUGUGACUGGCGACGGCGUGAACGACUCUCCUGCGCUGCGUCAGGCGGAUAUCGGUGUGUGCAUGGGCAGCGGCUCGGAAGUCGCCAAGGAGGCGUCGGACAUUGUUUUGCUUGACGAUAGCUUUUCGUCCAUUCUUGUUGCAGUCGAGCACGGCCGCCUGAUCUUUGAAAAUCUCAAGAAGGUCAUCUUGUACCUGAUGCCUGCUGGUGAAUGGGCUGAAGUGAUGCCGGUGCUCGUGAAUGUGCUGCUCGGCGUUCCGCUUGCGCUCUCGUCCUUUUUGAUGAUUUGCACGUGCGCGGCGACCGACAUUGCUCCUGCGCUUGCCUUGGUCAAGGAACACGCCGAGCGUGACAUUAUGCGCCAGCCCCCGCGCAACCGUCGCCAGCAGCGCUUUAUCGACUGGCGCUUCAUGGUCGACGCCUUCUUGUACAAGGGCAUGAUUAUCAGCCUGGGCGCGUUCAUCAUGUUCUUUUGGUACAUGCAAAAGUAUGGCGGUUUUGGCGUGACCGACCUGAUCUUUGCCUUUGACAAGUGGACGGAUGGCUUCCACGGCAAGACGCAGGACGAGCUGAACGAGCUGCUCUACACUGGCCAGUCCGUGUACUUUAUUGCCCUUGUCGAGAUUCAGUUUGGCCACUUGUUUUCGACGCGCACCCGCUACCUGUCCUUCUUCCAGCACAACCCCUUCAAGGCUGGCCCCCACCGCAGCUUCCGCCUCAUCCGUGCCAUGUGCAUCUCGAUUGUUCUGGCCAUUCUGAUCAUUUACGUGCCGUUCAUCCAGGACUAUCUCAACACGCGUCCUCCUCCCACGGAAUUCUGGUUUGCCCCCUUCUCCUUCUCGGUGCUGCUCUUUGCGCUGGAUGAGACGCGCAAGCGCGCUGUCGCCCGCAAUCCCCGCGGUCUUCUUGCCAAGCUUGCUUGGUGAGGUUGUGUGUUUUUGUUUGGUGUUGCCCUUGAUUGUUUGUUUGUUUGGUGUUGUUUGGUGUUUUUUUCCGUUGAUUGUUUGCUGUUUGUUUGUUUGUUUGGUGUUGUUGUGGCCUGCUUGCCUUGGAGCGCCGUGUUCUUCGGAGGUGCAGUGCUUUUGCUCUGUGUUUGAGUGUGUGUUUGAGUGAUUGGUUUUGGCAUUCGAUUUGUUGCUUCAAUGUCUGUCGCGAGUGUCAGUGUUACACUGCAACAAGGCCAUUGUAUUGACAAAUCGACAACCCAUCGCCAUCAUCGUGAUUACAAAAUUUCGUCUCCAAA